AUGAACAUACUCCUAGACUUGGUGGAUCCCCUGGUCUUCGACUCCAUGUACGGAACGAUUAGUCACGGUUUACGAAGAAUGUUAUGCUCAGGACAAGAAUCAUUUUUUAUAUCUGGAUCUGUCCAUAAAAUAGUUUGUAAUUCCAUACUGGAGCCAUCAAACUGGGAAAGAUCCGGUCUCUUUCGUCAAAGCACAAGUAUAUUCUUCUUAAUUCUCAUUACAACUAUUUUCUUUUACUUCGCCUUCGGCUCGCUCUGCCAUGGUUUGCACUUUCAGCCCGCCCUCCACCGAAAGCCGAAAUGGGACAAAGAACAGAUAAAAUUCGAGAUAUACAGCUCCCUUCUCGUUAUUGUCAACCUGAGUCUCGCUACUGUGCCCAUCUUCCUAGCUCAGAUACACGGGUACGCAAGAAUCUACCCAUACAUGACCACAACCGUAUGGUACGAGAUUGCUCAGUACCCAUUAUUCUUCCUCUUCAGCGAAACGGCAAUGUAUUGGCUACAUCGAAUGUUCCAUGCGCCUUUUCUGUUUGAGAGAACGCAUAAGGACCAUCAUCGUUUCACUUCGCCCACGGCAUUCUCCGCUUACGCCUUUCACCCGAUUGAAGCAUUCGCCAUGAGCUUACCCGUGUAUGCAUACAGUUUUCUGUUGCCUAUGUCAGAUGUCGCACAGCUGGUCGUGUUUAUAGCUUCGAAUAUUGGUCCUUUUUUGCUGCACGAUAACAGCGUACCUUUCCACCUUGUACAUCAUAAGAAUACCAACUUCAAUUAUGGCCAAUUUUUACCGCAUUGGGAUAUUCUAUGCGGGACGUAUCGAGAGCCGAACACUAUCUUAAAGGCCAAGCACGUUGAUCAGUAA